UGUGAACACUUCAAUAAGUGUCAAAAUAGAGGUGUGUGUAGAUUAUGAUAAAUACACAUAGGAAAUUCCAGAAUAGAAUAGACGCUGCUUUAGUUAAGUCAAAUUCUCUCUUAACGUGGAAUUGGUUUAAUACAAUAUCUCCUCAACGUUUUAUGGUUUCCUCUGACCCAUGCAAACCUUUUGUUGACUGCGAGGGAUUGUCCCGAAAAGGUGAAAGAGACUUGCAGGGUUACUUCCGUGCCGAUAAUGUGGUUAACAGCUAGCUCUACUUGGCACAGUUCAGAACGGAUGGCUCAGCUAAUCGUCAGGACUGUGCGCAGCAGGACCGGGCCAAAUCCUCUGGCAGAGGGCUAUUCCGGUUCCUCUGUGCUCCAGGUCCCUUUCGCACCGUGAUCUGAAAUCUGUUCCUUCGCUUUUUGCAGAGUUUCAUGGGCUUAUCUUUAAAAAAAACUUGAUAACCAUUCGGGGCGGUUGGGGGUAAAAGCGAUCCAUUUCCUCCAAGAGGAUUAGUCUGAGGCAGAUUAGCCCGGCUACCGCUCUUAAUGCUAAAGCUAUAGUGAGCAUAUGGGAGUUUGCUAACCACCUGUCUGCCUGCUGAGGGGACGUCAGUCGGACAGAGGAAGAAGGCUGGGAUGAUUGGACUGGAUGUCUAUCUGUGUCCAGACGGUCUUAGGGUUGCUACACCAGAAGAUAUAGAGAACUGGGAAACCGAGAGGGAAAUGUUUGAUCCGAACGUGCGCCUCUUCGUGGCUCUGUUCUCAUACAACCCCGCGCUCAUGUCCCCGAACCCUGAAACAAUGGAAGAGGAGCUGCCUUUUGAACAAGGACAGAUCAUUAAAGUGUACGGAGAUAAAGAUGCUGACGGCUUCUAUAGCGGAGAGACGGGCGGCCGCUUCGGUUUUGUGCCGAGUAACAUGGUUUCGGAGAUUCCUGUUGAAGACGGAGAGCUCAAAGUUCGUCUGUUCCAGCAGGGUUUUUUAGCAGAGGAGACGCCUUCCAUAGCACCCAGUGAAACUUCUAGUGUGCGAGGCGUCAAGGUCCACAGGAUGGUGGCCAUUUUUGAUUAUGACCCAUGGGAAAGUUCUCCAAACAUGGAUAUUGAGGAUGAGCUUCCCUUUCGUGCGGGAGACAUUAUAUACGUUUUUGGAGAAAUGGACAGUGAUGGCUUUUAUUACGGAGAUCUACACGGUUACAGAGGUCUUGUGCCAUCAAACUUUUUGCAACCUCUGCCUUGGGACUAAAGGAACUGAGCAACCAGAAAUCAGGAAGAGGAGAGCGACCCACUUUAAUGAAUUCAGCUCCAGCCCCGCUGCUUUAUACUAUAUAACGUGUCUUGUUUCCCGUGCAUGUCGCAUCAUGUCUAAAAAGCACUCGACCUUUCCCCUACGUAUGCGCUAUGCUUAGCAUCAGUUGAAUACACAAGAGGAAAUGAAUUUAUCAUUUACACAAGAGCUUUCGGAAAGCAGCUGGCGCAUUAUAGCCUUAAAAGACGGCAAUUUUUAUAUUGUUUUUUGUGUCUUAAUGUUUUUUGAUACCGUGAUUUGAGCU